AUGCUCCUUUCCGCCCUUGCCCGCGCCUCUGCCGCUGCUGGUUCCGCCAACGCGACAGCGCCUGCUAAAGCGCCUGCUUCUGCUAAGUCGGCCGCGCCUGCUAACGCCACUAAGUCUGGAAAUGCUACUAAAAUCGGUAACAGCGCCGUCGGAAUGGCGACGGCGAGGCAGAGCAAGGGCUCGGGCGAAGGGAAGAACUCCACAUGCGCCUACUACGGCAACUACAACGCGAACCCCUACUUCGCCAAGGGGCUCACGGCGAAGCUUCCUCCCGCGCUCUUUGGCAAGCGGUGUGGCGCGUGCUACAAGGUGGAGUGCACUAACGACACGAAGCGCUGCCGCAGCGGCAAGGCGAUCGUGACCGUCCGCAUCGUUGGCGAGACGAUCACGGAGAAUCAGCUCACGCUCUCCGCCGUCUCAUGGUCCAAGAUCGUGCAGGGAUCCGACACCGCCCCCGUCGGCGUCAAGUACAAGCGCACCAACUGCCUUUCGACCGUCGGAUCGGGCGUCCGUGUGCGCAGCAACUCUACCGUGGAGAAGUUCAACAUUCAGAUGGUGGGGCUGGCCGGCCCAGGUACGCUUACCGAGGUGGAGCUUAGCGCGGACGGCAAGAAGUGGGCGAAGCUGACGCGCGACGGCAGCAAGGCCGUGUGGGGGAUCGCAGGCGCGCAGGCGAAGGAGGUUGUGGGCGCGAAGAAGGCGAUGAGCGUUCGCCUCACCGCGGGACACACCCUCGAGAAGAUCACCCUCGAGAAUGUCAUUCCCGCCAGCUGGAAGCCCCAGACUGUGUACUCGUCCAAGGCCAACUUCAAGAAGCUCUUGCCUGAGGCUAACAUGGGCAGCGCCCCUGCAAUAGGGCCAUGGAUGGGGUGGGGUGGGAAAGGGUAG